AUGGCUGAGGACUUAGCCGAGAUUCUAGGGAAAUUUGCGCUCUCCAAUAAGGAACUAGGAGGUGCUGAUUUGGACAGGACUGAAAUUAACUUGGGGGUGAAAGAAUCUUGGAGCUAUCCAAAAGACCUCAAAGUUGUUGAACUAGGCCCUAAUUUCUUUCAGUUCUUCAUUCAGGGGGAGCAAGAAAAGGAAAGGAUUGUAGAGAGAGGGCCAUGGAUUAUGGAUAGUCAAAACCUAGUCUUGAACAGGUGGUAUGAAGGGAUUGAAGAGGAUAUGUCCAAGGAGGUGGGAAGAAAAAUUGGAGUAGUAUUCAAUCGAGUAAAAGAGGUAAUCAUCCCUCAGACGGGUAGCAAAGAAGGAAGACAUAUUAAGCUACUGGUUGUAGCUGAUAUAUCCCAACCCUUACUAAGGGGGACAAUAGUCAAGGUGGAAGGUUCGUCAAAAUGGGUUAGUUUCAAGUAUGAGAGGUGUCCAGAUUUCUGCUACAAUUGUGGAAUUGUGGGACACAAUAAGAGAAACUACAUGAGACUGGUCCUUAUAGAUAGAGGGCACUUAGAAAACCAGUAUGGUACGUGGAUGAGAGCUAGAAAUGAAAGAAAUUCACCUCAAAAAGAACCACUGGUCAAGAGAGCACCCAGUGAUAAGCAUCACUGGAGGUUACAGAGUGGGAACUGGGUAGAAGUGGUGAAACAAAAAUAG